ACAGCUGACGCACUGAAGAGGAAAGCGCAGCGUUUCGGUGCGCAUCUUCAUUAUCGGCAAGUGGGAUGAAAGGUGAGCAGCGCCUGUCCCAUCCACGCAGACACUUUUCCUAUGUCAGGAUCUGAUUCGAGCGGCUUUUAUCAGUUACGAAACUGAUCAUCGGCAUUGGAUUUUAUAGUUUGCAACUUCUCACAGAUUUAGUGAAGCCAGAUUCGGAGCGCAACAGCUGAGGAGAAGACGUGAAUCUACGCAAGAUUGUCUGAAACGAAGGACUCAUCCCGCUCACUUAAGUGCAAUGUCCAAAGCUUAUGGAUGUAAUGCUAGAAAAUCAAGGCUGCAUUAUGACAGCGAAUAACUGAGGGAUCUCAAAAGCACUUUUCCUCUUUCCUAACUUUUAUUUCCACCAGAUGAUGGAGGACGCGCAGGCGUCAAGGACUUUCACGCCUUAUUGCACAGCCAAUACAUGAAAAGAAGAAACACGAUGACAUCUACGGGCUUGUCGGAGAAAGCAAUGAGGAUCAGAAAUGGGGCAGGAAACCACCAUCACUCCAAACCCAUCUCUAAAAUAUACUUCAUCUUUAUUUUGCUCCUGCUCAUAUUCACACCGAUAGUGGAUUCAUCGUGGUGGUACAUCGGAGCUCUGGGUGCGCGGGUGAUAUGCGACAACAUUCCCGGUCUUGUGAACAAGCAGCGGCAGCUCUGCCAGCGGCACCCAGACCUGAUGCAGUCCAUCAGCGAGGGAGCCAAAGAGUGGAUCAAAGAGUGCCAACAUCAGUUCAGACACCACCGCUGGAACUGCAGCACGCUGGACCGGGACCACACUGUUUUUGGCAGGGUGAUGCUCCGAAGCAGCAGAGAGGCAGCAUUUGUGUACGCCAUCUCUUCAGCAGGAGUGGUCUACGCCAUUACCAGGGCCUGCAGUCAGGGGGAAAUGAAGAUCUGCACCUGUGACAGUCAAAAACGAGGGCGAGACAGUGACGACAAAGGCAAUUUUGACUGGGGCGGAUGCAGCGACAACAUCAACUAUGGCAUAAAAUUUGCCAAAGCUUUCGUCGACGCCCGUGAGAGGAUGGUGAAAGAUGCUCGAGCCCUGAUGAAUCUGCACAACAACCGAUGCGGUCGAAUGGCAGUGAAGCGCUUUAUGAAGCUGGAGUGCAAGUGUCAUGGGGUCAGUGGUUCCUGUUCUCUCAGAACCUGUUGGCUGGCUAUGUCUGACUUCAGGCGAACUGGAGACUAUCUUCGCAAGAAGUACAACACAGCCGUCGAGGUAACCAUGAACCAAGAUGGGACAGGAUUUAUUGUGGCUGACAAGGACUUUAAGGGAAGCACCAAGAAUGAGUUAGUCUUUGUUGAGAACUCUCCAGAUUACUGUCUCAUGGACCGUGCAGCAGGCUCCUUGGGCACAGCAGGCAGAGUGUGCAACAAGUCCUCAAGAGGCAUAGAUGGCUGUGAAGUCAUGUGCUGUGGGCGUGGCUACGACACCAUGCGAGUCAAACGUGUCACUAAGUGUGAGUGCAAGUUCAAGUGGUGCUGCGCUGUGGAGUGCAAAGACUGUGAAAACGUAGUGGACGUUCACACCUGCAAACCCCACAAGCGACCCGACUGGCUGGACGUAACCUAGGAAGGAGAGCGGACAAAUCAAACGUGCACCUGACUCAUUAGCCUGUGCACUAAUGACUCCAUUCUAGUUGGGAUCUUUUAACUAUAAUACCUCUGGCUUUUGAUGCUUUUAUACUUCACAAACAUUUGUUAGGUGAUAGUAAACUGGAAAUUAGAACCAGUUACUGAUCAUGUGCUGCUUUAAAAAGUGUUUUAAAAACUAAUGUGCGGAGCGUUUUUGAAUCAGACUUUGAAACUUUGAUGCAAAAUGGCUUAAUAUUAUAUUCUGUUGUAAAUGUACCCUUGGUUGAGGCAGAUAUAUGAGCUACUGCCUGCUUCUUGUUUUAUAGUAUGUAAAAACUGUGUGCACAUAAGAGAUGAAAGAGAUAAUCACAGUAGUACUUUGUCUGCCGAUCGCUCCUUCAAGGUUGCCUUGUACACCUCUGGACUGAUUCCCAUUCUAUUAGAACACUCCCUUUUAGUGCACUCACACUCCACAGUGGCAAAACAGUGACCUUUAAAUUUUUUACUUAAUUUUAUGAAAAAAGAUCCAAGUUGUUUAGAACCAAAUCUAAUGGGUAGGGUGAGUGGUCCAGAUGUUACAGCAGACCUCUGCACAUGAUUACUUGGAGACUGGUGUUAGCCUGUGGUUUUUGCUUUUCCAAAACUUCCAACACUUUUUUGAUCCCACCGUGCACCUGAAACCACUGCUGCUAAUUUGUGCAGCUAUCAAACUAAAUAAAUAUAGUGCUUUCCAAGAGGUCUUUCUUAAUUAAAGCCAGGUAAUCACAUUGUAAGGUCAAAGGAGCCACAAAUAGAAGAGCAAGCAAAGACUUAUCAUUUACAGUGACAGCUCACUUUGUGUACAAGGGUUGUGGUAGAUUUAGGUGCAUUGAAAGAAAAAGGACACACCAACGCAACAAAAUAGCCUCACAAAAUUUGGUCUGUUGUUUGAAAGAUACUUGUACAGUAUGCUAAUAUUUGACUGUAACAGAUCUAACAAAUCAUUCAGCUUCAUGGAAAAAAAAAGUAAUUUCUACCUCCGGUUCUUUGUUUUUGCUUCCAUUAUUACUGUGAACUUUAAACAAAUUCCAUAGGCCAUGCUAAUGCAGACAAGUGCACAGUAAAAAGAGAAAUACAAAGCUUCUUUAUUUUGGACGUAGUGACCCUCCAAAAUUGUAAAUUGCAGUGUCAUACAACUGCAUUAUAAUGAAUACAAACUAUUAAACCGGCCCUCCUGAUAUGUCACUGGAGCUGCAAAUAUUUUCAAAACUCAAUAUUAGUUUCCAGACUGAUUUAUCUUAAAUAGAGCUUUUGUUUAACAUUUGCCUUAUCCUUAUUACAAAGGCCAAAACAGCAUAUUUGUUCAGCCAUCAUAUUGUGACAGAACAUAUUUAUAAUGCAAUCUUAUGCAACUGUGCUUUCAGUUCUUUGUGGACACACUCACUGGCUCUGGCCGGUUUUUAAGAAGUGAAUUAUUUCAUGAAACAAAGCCAAGCCAUUGCAAAAAGAGCACUGAAGUAGCUACAGACCUUGCAUUUGGCUUUCUAACAUCUGGCAAUGCAGCCAGACAUAGUGUUAAGCCAUUGGAGACACAACCCUCAGAGGAGUUUAUAGAUCUAAAUGAAUCUGACAACAAGCUGUGAAAUGCUAAGAGUCAACAAAUUGUUUCAACUCCACGUAAUGAGAGGCACAGCCAAAAUAAAGUGCUUUGGACAACAGCAAAUGACACCAAGUCAAAAGUUAAUUGCAAGCAA